AUGCAGCUGGGAAAGAAGCAGCCGGUGGUGACCCCCAUGGGGCCAACGUCAUGCCCACCUACGCCCGGGGGCAUCUCCACGUCGCCCCGUGCAACCUCAUAUGGACGGGGAGCCCAGCCUCAGGGCCAAAAAGGCGCGACGAUACUACGCGGAGGAACGUUCGCAGGGCCUAGAUCUCCUGGCGGGCGGGGCCAUUGCGGGGGCAGUUCCCCGGGGAGGCGACACCAGCAGCCUCCCUCUCUGCAGCAGCGACCAAAGGACACGACACUCCUGCGACACCCCGGGCCCCUUCCAGGUCCCGGCCAGAAAGAACCAAGUCGAGAACCUCAUAAAGCUGGAACGAGGACCGCGCGUUCCCCACAGGGGGGUUCCCCAUCAACCCGAGCAAAGCGGGCCUGCUGCCCCACGGCGACACCAGAGCUUUUGCCUCGACCGUCCAGCGAGGAGGACUUAUUCGGAGGAGUCCAUCUUCGAGGCGCUCCCCUCGAUCCCUCCGACCAUCGCGCCGGAGGAACUCUUGGGGAACUCCAUAAUGAGUAA